AUGGGGUCCAUUAGGCUGUCUACGUAUUCAGAAAGCCACGUGCCCGAGUAUCCACAAUGCAGUCCUCAGAAGAUCAGAAUUGUAUUUGUCGGCGCAGGUGCGGCAGGUCUUCUCUUUGCUCACAAGGCGGAAAAAUUCUUGACGAACUAUGAACUCAUUUGUUACGAGAAGAACUCCGUCGUUGGAGGGACUUGGUACGAGAACAAGUAUCCGGGUUGUGCGUGCGACAUUCCUGCACAUACUUACACCUUUCCCUUCGAACCAAACCCAGAGUGGAGUGGUUACUACAGCUACGCGAACGAGAUCCAGAAGUAUUUUUUAAACUUUGCCAAGAAAUAUAAUGUUGAAAGAUAUAUCCGCUUCAACACUACGGUCCAGAAAGCGCAAUGGCGUGAGAAAGACUCGAAAUGGGUACUCGAGCUCAAAGAUAAAGAUGGGACUCGAUUUGAAGAUACCUGUGACGUUCUAGUUAAUGGCUCUGGUGCCGUAAACAAAUGGAAGUGGCCUAGAAUUCCAGGCCUUGAAAAGUUCCAAGGGCAACUCGUUCAUUCCGCCGCUUGGGAUUCUUCCAUCAACUGGGAAGCGAAGAGAGUUGGACUCCUCGGCAGCGGGUCCAGUUCAAUCCAGAUACUCCCACAACUUGUGCUAACGGCGAAGCAUGUGGAUGUCUUCAUACGAAAUCAAACCUACAUUGGGCCGCAGAUCGGCAGUAAUGUUUCUAACAAGGACGCCGAUCCUGACGCCAUGGAACCGCAUGCGGCCGGUAAGCAUCAGUAUACGGAGAAAGAGAAAACAAAGUUUCGUGAGAAUUCAGAUUAUCAUUUGGCCUACCGUAAAAGUCUGGAGCGCUCGGUCGUUACUGGAUUCCAGAUGUUCUAUCGCAAAUCAGACCUCAAUAUUAAAUCUAAGGAAGUUCUGCAAGCGUCCAUGGCAGAGCGUUUAGGCGAUCGCGAAGAUCUCAAGAAGGCUUUGAUUCCUGAUUGGAGUCCUGGAUGUCGACGCCUUACGCCAGGCGAGGGUUAUCUCGAGGCUCUUACCAGUCCUAAUGUUUCAGCGGUCUUGGAAGAUAUACAAGAGAUUACCGCCACCGGUCUCAACACUAUCAAUGGUCAGCAACACGCAGUCGACAUUCUUAUCUGCGCCACAGGAUUUGACGUGGCAUUUGUGCCUCACUUCACCAUCACUGGCACAAGCGGACAGGUAAUGCAAGAGCAGAAGCAACCUAAUAUUUAUGCAAGUAUUGCAAUGCCUGGUUUUCCCAAUUACUUUAUCGUGAACGGUCCGCGUGGCAAUUGGGGCCAGGGUUGUACUUUACCAUCGAUGGAGGUCCAGGUUGAGUAUAUUCUACAAUGUUGUCGCAAAAUGCAACAAGACCACAUACGGUAUAUUGAGCCACGAUUUGAUAUCACAAGGCAGUUGAACUUCUAUAUGGAUGCCUGGCACGAGAAACAUAGCAUCUGGACCGAGAACUGUAGGAGCUGGUACAAGGACAACCAGAUCAAUGGUCGGGUAUACAUUUGGCCCGGAUCUCUGUUACAUCAUUUGAAAUACCUCAAAAAGCCCCGUUUUGAGCAUUAUCACAUUGUAUAUAACGAUCCGAGCAAUGUUUUUGCCUUCCUGGGAAAUGGGUGGACUAUAGGCGAAACGCAGUUCGGCAAAGACGUGCCUAUUCCAUAUAUCCGCAAUCACGAAGAUGAGGAAUGGGACAUAGAGUAG